AAAGCUUAUUCAGACGUUUGCGUAGGAAACAUCUUUACUUAAUGUCGCGUUAAGUUUUGGGAUUGCCGAGGAAGCAAACUAGCUUGCUUGCGUGGCUGACGAAUCUCUGGCUGUCAAAGCUUUUUAGUGAACCCGGAAGCACAAUACACCUGCUAGUGUGUUCUAAACAGAAUGCGCCAAAAUGUUGUUGGACAACGUUCGGCUGCUCAGUGCACUGGUCAGGCAUGCCCAUGUGCAGUCCGGUCUGCAACGCGCGCGUUCCGCCGGACAGUGUACACCAGAAAUGAAACAGCAAGGAGGCCAGUACCGGAAGUCAGGGCUGUUGACACUGAGAGGAUAGUCGACUCCAUUGCCGUGAAGACGAUUGAAGAUCUGGACACCAACUACUGCGACGACUUUGUUUGUACUUCCUCUCCUGCUGUGGAGCAAACCGUUCGCAGUCUGGCCCGCGAGCUCACGCGCGGGCGGUACACCACCACCAGCCUCUACCAGCCUACCGUGACCUACUCGGACGGCUUCCGCUCCUUCAGCGGCCCCGAGGGCUACCUGCGGCAGCGCUGGAUCGCAGACAACGUGCAGCAGUUCCGAGUGACCAUCCUCCGGCUGCGCAUGCUGGACAAGGGCACCAGCCAGGUGACCUGGCGGCUGGAGGGGCGGCUAGGUCCGGGCGGCGGGCUGCAGCUGUCGGCCCAGCUGACCACCACCUGCACCCACAACCUGCUCACGGGGCGCAUCACAAGCCUCAGGGAGAGCUGGGACCUGUCGGGCAGCCCGCCUCCCGCCGCCGCGCUGGCCACCCUCAGUCGGGUCGCCUGGUCGGCCCAGCAGAGCCUGCAGGACGCCAGGGAGGGGCUGGGCCGGGCAGUGGGAAAGCUGGGAGGCGGCGGUGGGGGCGCGGAGGGAGCUGGGGACAGCGGCAUGCCAUCGGACCCCACCCGGGUGCGCCAGGGAAGGGGUGGUCCAAAAAUAUAUAAGCGAUGCAAAAGGGGGGGGUGUUCCUUGCAGGGCUGCUUAUGCGCUCGCUCCGCUGCUUUGCCAGCCCUCCCGCGUGCUUGGUACAGCAGCAGCAGCAGCAGUGGCAGCUCUUUUCGUGCUUUGCUUCUGCCAAUCCUGCACCGCGUCUGAUCCUGUGUCCAUUCCGUGUUUGCGCCCUUGCCCAAGCUGCAUGCUGCUGCUGCCCGUCCUGCCUGUCCUCUUAAUUUGCACAUGCUACCUAACCUGCUGCUUCUCCUCCUGCCUCCUGCUCCCUGCCCCCUCCCGCUCGCUGCUUCCCUCCCUCAGUUCUACCAGGGCGGCGAGGGGGGUGCGGGCGGGGAUGUGUUCGCAGUGGGGUUCCUGCUGGCGCUGCUCUAUCUGGCGGCCAAGCUGGCGGGGGCGCUGGCGAGCCUG